AUGACCAACCCUAGGCUAAGCCUGCGUAUCAUUGCGGUGAUUUUGGCUAUCAUGCCAAUGCCACUCUUUGGAGCAUUAUGGCAAAACUACGGUUGGGUAUACUAUAUUAUCAUCGGCAUCCUAGGAAUAUGGUCCCUGAUCAACUCUGUCCUGAUUGCCCUCGGGUGGCCUCUCCACCACGACGCCCAAACUGCUAUGGAUUGCAUCUUCAAAGUUGAUCCAUGGUUUUUUGGUAUACUUGGCUGUAUACGCGAGAUUCCGUCGUAUUACCAGAGAGACGAAUAUGCAAAUGGCUUGCAAUGGAACAUGGCUGAUGCUGCUUUAUCACUCACGAGAUGGUUGUCAAUUGUUUUGUCCAUUUCGUUCCUUUUGUACUCGGUUCCUGUGAUGUGCACUGGAGAUGUCAUGCUUCAUCCUUCAACUUCAAUCCGUAGAAGGGAAAUAUCAAAGGCACACCCUAGCUUUGACAACUCUGAAGCACGUACGAAGGAAGCGGACACAGAAAGCUUGUAG